GAUAUCAGCCUGGCACUCAUACCUGGUUCAUGUGUGCGCACACAUAUGAAGAGGAAGCUGGCUGCCCCUCAUACAGUCAUCACUACUUGUUGUAUUCAGCAGCUAUUAAUGAGCCUAUCGCUUUCUCAUGUCUGCUACUGUACCAUUGAUAUCAAGGAUGGCUACUCAAAACAUACAAAUUUGCAAAGUCCUGCGUUGCAGCGUACGAUCUGCAUGACUGUAGUGUGAACAUGUAGUAUGUACCGGUCCUACCGUGGAAGCCUCUUCAAGCUGAAACCAUGAUUUACCAUGAAGACAACUUCAGAAGAUCACCCUUGGGUCUGUGUUGAUGGGUUUUUGGGGGUUGACACACACAUCGCAGUAGAAUGACUUCCGACGAUGAUAAUAUAGCAAAUGAUAGCAGUACGGACCUUGCUGCGAUACCUUGAUGUAAACAUCUUCCGCAGAAGAACUUGAAAUUUUAAAAUGUGCAAUAUGAUCAAAGUAAAGGAUUGUCCAGUUGGUGCUCAUCGUUUGCAGAGUUUGGUGUAAGCUUUAUUAAUGACACAGAAACUGAGCAUUAGACACAUGGUCAACAUGCUGCACUUGCCCUCCAUCCGUAGUUCUCGGGAAUCCCCGGGCACACCCAACGGAAUGGAGCCAAAUGUUGUCGACGUCCAUACCUACAUGCGAGGUAAUCUGGUGAUCCCGUGGCGUGAAGGGCUGACCGUGGAGCACAUCUGCACCAAGGCAGCAAAGGAAUGUGGCAUUCUGCGGCUGACAAGCAAUCUCUUUGCCCUUUAUGAUAAGACCAAAAAGGUGUGGCUGUGCCCAACGGCUCGCAUCCUUUCCAAAAGGCAGAACCCGUCCCAGGAGCUUGAGUACCGCGUGAGGUUCCACACGGCCACCAUGUGCCCUUCGGGCGAUUCGCAGAGGUUCAUGCUUCUGGAAGAGAACGUUGUGAACUACAUGUUUCACCAGUACAGAGAGAGUUUCCUCAACGAUGAGGUUUUGGGACUGAGCACUGAGGAAUCGCUGGGCCUCAUGGUGUUGGACUUCAUGCAGCAUGUCAAAGAGGAUGGCAACACGUUGACCAAUAUGAACGGAAGAAUGCGCUUUGGACGCUUCUUGCCCAAGUCCCUCAGUGAGGGACUCUCAUGGUGGGACAAAGUAAAGCUGCGAAGAAAAGUACGGACUGCUCUCAAAGACUUCCGCGAUGACCCGCGAGAGGCGUUUGCUUUCCGGGUGAUGUUUCUCGUGUCGCUGAGCGAGGAGAUGAAAUCAAAGUGGGGGAUCGAACAAUUUACAAUGGUAAAUGGGGACAUCUAUGAAGUCAGUGGUAUCAAAGGAGUCACGAAGAAGAAGUUAGCAUAUGGGAAUGAAGAUGUUGUGGAAUCCUUUGCAUUUGAUGACAUCAUUGAUGUCAUCAUCUACCCUCCUACCAUAGAGAGAGUGCAUACGAUGUUACAGAUCAAUCGCAGAUCAACACCGCCUAUGGUGAGUAAAGCUUUUCUCAAUGAUAAAAGCUACUGAAAUCCUUCAAUCUGAUUGGCUGAUGGUAAAUUUGUUAUUUUGCAUAAAUUUGUUAAUUAUUAUAACAAUUCAAUAUGAAACGGGACCCUGAUUAAUCUAUAAAGUGAGUCAAGUUUUUGUGACCUUUUUAUUCUGUUGUGUUUUGUUUUUAUGAUUGAAUGUGUUUCAGAAUUCAGUUUCUAAUUAAUUUUACACGGGAAAGCAUCAUUGAAAUGUCUUGUGACAUAGCAUCGGGUUAUCGCGUGAGCUCGGGCAAACUCUUUAUUCGACCAUUUGAAAAGAGGGCCCCCUAAAUGCAUGAAAUAUUGGGUGCAGUUUAACGGACGCUUUGCAAAAAAUAUCAGUCAAACAUACAAUUGUCGGGGUCCAAUUUACCUGAUGAUUUGUGAAAAUGAACCAAAUAUACAAAUAAUAUGCGAUUUCUCGACCAUCCAUGAUAUUAAACGUGAUGUGAUGGAACAAGCCGAUUGAUUGUGUUCAAGAAUAUUAUUUCUACCAAUUUUACAUCUAGGGAAAUCUCAUUCAUUCAAAUGUCUUUGGAUGCAAAAUUCACAGCGUUUCGUGCAGUUCAUGAAAAUCAUUUUCUAGAUGUAUAUAUAUGUUUGUAAACAAAUACCUAGUCUUUUUUUAUCUUACAAUUUACAUGUACAUGCGAUUAAUACAAAAAGUGCUGACCUCGCGGCCCCAUGACUGAUUCUUAAAAUUUGGUACCAAAAUACCAAAAGAUGCGCAAGGCUUUAAGCCAUAAAACCAUGUAGUUGUGGAUUAGU